GAGGGACUGUGGCAGGCUUUUUGAUACUGGGUUGGAACUGACUAACUGCCACUGACAUCACAAAUGACACUAAUACAGUGAUCAAGUGUUAAUAAAAAGCACUGACACUGUACUAAUGACACCAGGCAGGAAGGGGUUAACAUCUGGGGUGAUCAAAGGGUUAACUUUGUGCUGUGUGUGUUUUACAUUGUAUGCUACAUGCUGCUUUGUAUUUCUCUGCUGUGCAGAGAGAUACAAAGCAGAAUGUCCAUGUUGGCAGGAGAGAGACCUGUGUUGUUUACACACAGGUCUCUUCCCUGUCAGCUUU